CACAAUGUCUGGUCCAAAACUAAGUCACCCCUGGAGUUCAGAUGCAAUAUUCUGAGAUACAGAAUAGAGCAGGGGAUGCAAAUGGACCUGGAGGAAGAAUAAAAAGAAGGAUAAUCUUGGUAUCUCCUUCCUGAAGGACCCAUCGGGGAAAUGAGCUUUGUUUGUUCUUUUUCACAGUCUGUCCUGAGUUUAUAAAGAUGCCCCGGCUCCUGAGAGAUGUCCUCUGUGUGAUUGAGACAUUCCACAAGUAUGCUGGUGAGGACCGUGACGGGGCAACACUGACCCGCAGAGAGCUGAGACAGCUCCUCCAGGGCGAGUUUGGGGACUUUCUUCAGCCAUGUGUCCUUCAUGCUGUAGAGAGAAACUUGAAUCUUCUGGAUAUUGACGGUGAUGGUGCCACCAGUUUUGAUGAAUUUGUUCUUGCAGUCUUCAACUUGUUCAACCUCUGUUAUCUUGACAUACAAUCAUUACUAAGUUCAAAACUAAAACAGAUAUCCAAGCCAGAGAGGGAGAAGCCAGGUGAUGUGUAUCUUCAGGAGACCACCAGAAAUGGCCAGCAGACAGUAGGAACUUUGCCAACUCAAGAAAAGUUGAUGCUUCCUUCAGGAAUGGCAUCGUCAUAUCAACUCAGCCCUGAAGAAAAUAGAGCAGUUGGACACAAUAAGGUAGACCCACAGGGAGAUGCCAAGACUCACAAUCUGCCAGGAGAAGCAUCUGAGCAACACAACGACCCUAAGAACCAACACUUGGAAGGAGAUGAACAGCGCCAGGAAGUGGCCCAAGCUGUAGCAGCAACAGAAGACAAUGGAGCCCAACUUAAGACAAAUAAGCCAAUGGCAGUUUCAGAACAAACCAGCAGUCCCACAGAGGGAGGGGGACAGGAUAAGGAGAUCCCUAGGGAGGAAGAUGAACAAGCCAGGGAGCAAGGUGACACAAAGAUAAGAGACCAGUUUGCAGAACAGGAAGGAAACUUAGGAACCCAAAGUUCUCCACCAGAAGAAGCAACACACAGACCAUAUGAAGAUCAUGAAGUUAGAACAGAAAAGGGUAUUAAGAAAUACUCUCAAACACAAGAACCAGCCUUGCAAGAAAAAGAGGAACCCAGUUCAGAGCAUGCUUGCCUGCCAGAAAAAGCUGCUGCCAGGAAACCAUCUUGGACACAGAAAUCAACAGACCCUGAGAAUGAUAGUAGAACAUUUGAGAGCCAAGAACCAGGAAAGGUUGCUAAGAGGACACCACCUGAGACAAAUAUUUCAGAUGAACCUGAGGACUAUGGUAGGAUAUCUGAGACCCAAGAAUCAUUGGCACAUAAAAAAGAACAUGAAACAAAGGACCUGACAGUCCACGGUGAUAGCAGAAGUAUUUCAGAAACACCUGACGUGAGAGCUGAAAGCAAAGAUGGGAGAGGCCCUGAAGCCCAUGGAACAGCAAGGCAGAAAGAAAGUGACAGAAAAACUCAGCCACCAGCCCUGAAAUCCCAAACACGAGAUGGGAAGUAUCAGGAACUCCAGGGAUCAUCAAAAGGAAAAGAUGCUGGAAAAGGUUCUGAGACACAAGAUCUAAGCUCACAAGGAGGAGAACAAAGUCACCCUGAAACUGAAGGAGCAGCAGACCCAGGAGAAGAGGCAAGUCACACUGAGGAAGGUAUAGCAGUAGCAUUUUUGAACAGGAAAAAUGAUCCUGCAGUAGAAGGAACACCAAGAGCAAGAGAAAGAACACAAGAGUCGGCACCACUUGACAACCAGCCUGAAGGAGGAGACAACACAGUCACCAACACUCAUGAUAGGCCAAUCAAGGAAGAUGAUUGUUACCAGAGGGAGAAUCCUGAGUUGCCAGUCACACAGAAUGGUGAGGGGUCUUUUGAAACUCCCAACAGCUUGGCUCCAGAGAAAAGCAACAGCAGCUCAGAGACAGGAGAACUGCCUGUACAAGGGGAUUCCCAGAGUCAGGUCGACCCGCAUGGAGAGUCUGCACAAGGAGGUCACGACAACCCAGAUACCCAGAAACAGGAAGCACCAGGUAAAAGAAACAGAGCUCAGGAGGCAGUGGUGCUGGCAGUCAGAGGAGAGGAUGUACAGCUCACAGAGGAACAGGAACAGCCUGCCAGAGAGGAACACAAGAGUCAAGGCUCAGGGACCACAGGGCCAGGUGCAGCUGUGGAACCUGAUGGACACCCAGAGGCACAGGAGCCCACAGUAGGAGGCGAAAAUAGACAGUGCCUGAAGACAGAGAUCCCAGGUGCCUUGGAUGCAGACUGCCCUGAGCAGCUUUCCCAAGGGCAGCUCCCUGAGAAGGGAGACAGCAGAAACAAGUUAUGUGGCCAGAGCCCAAGUACCAAAGAUGAGGAAGAUGGAGCACCAGAGGCCCAGGAUGCUCUGUUAAAAAACAUGGAUGAGGACAGUUCAGCCUCCCCCAAGACACACUUUGGAAUGGAAGAACCUAUAACACUGGAGGAGAAGGAUGAGAGUCUCCAAGAGCUGGCAGAAGAAGGUGAUGACUGACAAAUUCCAGUACAGAAAGGGUACGAGUCUUUAGUCCCCCAGUCAAGCCUUGAAGAGAGAAUGCAUAAAGACCAAGAUUCCUGUUCUGUGGAAAGGGGUGCAGCUCAUCUUAGUCUAUUAUACCAUUACCUACAGGAGAAGAUACUGCAGCAAACAAACAUAACCCAAGAGGAGGAUCAAAAUCAAGCAUCAGACCUAGAGAUUUGCAAUGACCAGUCAAGGGCCUCUGUCACUGGUGAGAUAUCAGAUGGUCUUGUGUUUUUCAACCACAGCCAAGCAUCACAACAGUACAGCAGGAACCUUCUGCCUAACGAGGCCCCUGCUGGUGCACAGCAAACAUCAGUUCCAGAUAAGCAGAGCUACCCUUAGAGAUAGGACGCAGUACCACAAAGGGAGGCAAGCACCACAAAGCAAUGAAUCAUUAUCCGUAUCACAGGAGAAGUUACAAGGAACAUCAUCCAUCCCAAUAUGCCCAGACCUCUCUCCCAAUCACCCUCAACACUCACAUGUACACAUUCAGAUGUAGAUUAAUAAUCUUUUAUGUUCCCUUCUGAAAUUCCUACAAGAGCAAAUAAUAAAGUAUUUAGCAGUGGGAGCCACCACCAAAAAAAAACAUCUGAAUAAACAAAUACAAUAGGUAAAAAUCCUACCACAUGAUGCUACUUCCAAGUACUGAAAUGAACUUUCUCAUAAGACAAUUUAUUUCAAUUUACCUGUCACUAAAAAUAGAAAAAUCUGUUCCAUAUCUUUAACAAGUAUCAAUUUUUUCAACUGAUUCAUCGGCUUUUUAAAAUGUAGCAAUAGAAGUUAUAAGACUCUGCAAUACUAUCUCAUAAUCAUAAAAUAUUAAUUUAUAGAUAUAGAUUAUUCUGCUGCAUGAUAUUUUCUAGAGGUAUUUCAAGUCCAUCCUAAAAUUUUAUCCAUCAAAAUAAUUUCAUAUAUCACUAUAACUUAAAAUAAUUAUGAUUUUAUAGCACUCAAUUAAAAUAAAUUUAUAACUUUUGCUCAUGUCUAGGUACAGUUGAAACUAUGCCACAGAUUCAUUCACUCAACAAAAUUUUAUUAAAUCCCACUCCUUACACAAACUUUUCACAGCUUCUGGAUCAAAUAAGCAAUCAGAAUGAUUAUGAAAGAGAAGACACAAAUGUAGAGUAUGCUUCAUUCCAUAAGCUAUUGUAACCAACCAUCCAGUGAGUCUACUAAACAUUUACUCAUAUGGUUUGCUAUAUUGACAAUUAAAUAAUCUGAUGAUUAAUUUCUUUUGUUGGUUCGUUUUUUUCCCUUCAUGCUCCAUCUUGCCUUGAAGACAUUGAUCAGAAACAAAAACUUCAGUUAUUUGUGUUUUAUCAAAAGACUCUAAGUAUAAUGCUCUCAGAGCUUAGUAAUAACCCAGGAAAGGAAUAAAAUAGUUAUGAUACAAUGUUUCCCAAAGGUGAAAAGCAC